CCUCCCCCUCGCGCCCAUUUGCCUGCCAUCUAAAUCCCCCCACGGCAGUCCCCCUGCCCUUUGUCGUCCACUUCUCUCGCCCGGGCAGGCACCUUCCCCUCCUUCCUGUGGAAAUGCCGAGCGCCACGCCUCCCGCCCACUCGCCAGGGCGGUCGCUACGACUAUCCAUUCGGACGUCGGCACCGGGGCCAGCCCCCCCGCGUGGAUCCUCCCCCGAGCCACACGGCUCCUCGGAGACUGCCUCCCGAGCGUCUGCACCGACCAGCAAGGCGGUCUCCUUCUCAUUGGACGUCUCCGCCGAGCCAGGUGCCACCGGCGGCAGUCCAAGCCGCGCAAUGGGCCGUCUCCCGUUAAAGAUUGGAGCCAGUCAGACUCCGAGCAUCCCACCGACCGAUGGGGAUCUCGAUGCCGGGUCGCCGCCCAGUGCCAAGCGCCAGUGCGUGUCCCUGUCUCUGGCCCCGGGGGUGGGGGAUGCCACGACUUCGCCAGGCCAUGGGCGUGCCUUACGGAUUUCCCUCGGGCCGUCUCUCAACAUUCGUGUGAGCCAGUCCGUGUCGGGUUCCACCGGUGGACAACCCCCGGCGGAAAAGCCCCCAGCAUUGUCGGACCCGCCAAAGUUGGCGGAGGCCGUGGAAACACCGGUGUCCAAGCCGGUGCCCGAGGACCCAGGCCCCAUGCCCGAGCCUCCGGAGGUGCCUGCUGGCAGUUGUGCGGCCUUUGCGGCCGUCGUUGCGGCCUUGAUCGAUCCGCAGCUGGUUCCGUACCAGGACGCCUUUUUGGUGCGGCCGGCGGCCGAGCAGCGGGCACGCAUCACCCGUGAUCGUGUGCUGUCAGCUCCGCCAAGGGCCAUCCGUGCGGCGGCCCUGCAUGCGGCUGGCUAUGUCAAUGGACUGGUGGCGUGGCGAGCGGCCCGGCUGGCCCGGCUGGCGGCCGGGGUCGAUUCGCCGGACACCCUCACCGAUGGGGAGCGAGCCAUGCUCCAAUCGCCGGGGCCUCGCCCGAUCCCGGUGACUGUGGCACACAUUGCUCACACGUAUGACUUUUCGCCCUUCACCCUUGGCGGGGAGGAGCCAUGUCGCCCCCCGACCCUGGAGCUAGAUCCUCCUGGGACUCGCCCGACGGUCUCCCGGGCGCAGGUGGUCAAUGUGGCUCGGGCUCAUGCGGUGCCCACUUUCCAGUCGGACCGGCAAAUUCUGGUCCCAUCGUCGGUGGUUCGUCUGGAGGCGCUGUCGCUGGAGGAUCUCCGCGCCCAUGCGGCCGAAGCCACCGAGGCACGUGGGGAAAUGGCUGACACCGCCGAGGCGAGUGUGACGGCCGAGGCCGAGCGGUCCGGGGUCGAUGUCAAGCCUGAGCCCUUGGUGGCAGCCCCCCUUGGCGACAAGGCCCUUGAGGCGGCCCAGGGCUUUCUCUGUGCUUUGGACUUCGUUGAGCCGACCACCCUGUUUGUGACACACUUCGACCUGUCACGGGCACUUGGCGUCAUCCGGGGAUAUCGACUGCUGGAUAUCUAUCCGACCAUGAAAGAGGGGUCAACCUUCGGGCCGCAGGUGUUCACUCGUCCGGAGGUCGGGCCCUACUUUGGCCGGGAGUGCGGCAUUCGGCAGAACAAUGAGCAGGAAUCGGAAGAGCUGGUCAGUCGGGGAUUCUUCAAUCGGACGCUGCGCGGGCGUCGAUCGACCAUCGUUCCCUUCUUCAGUGCCUGGCUGGCGGCGCAUCUUUAUGGCGACUUCUCGCGACUGUACUGGAGCAACCUGGGCCAGGCAUGUCGCGAGCACACCAGCCCUCAAACAGCCGAGGCCCUGGCCGUGGCCGAGGCUCUUCCGCCGCGGGUGCGGGCAUUCCCCCCGGCGGCGGACGAGCAGUCGGAGCUCUGCACCGAGGCAGCCAACAGCCAGGCCCUGAAAGCCAUCACCCCGGCAGUGGUAUACCUGGUCCGGGGCUGGCUCUAUGCGUUGCCGGAUGAUCCGGCCCUCUUUGCGCAAUUCACACAUACCCGCCACGGUGGCGGGGGCUCAGCCUCGCGGGCUCUUUCUCGGCAUUCAACUCCCCCUGCUGGUGGCCGGACUGCCGGGCAGCAGGCACUGACUCCCCCGCUGCCGGGGACCGACCGCGCGGGUGCCUCGAACGCCGUGCCGGGAGCUGGCGCGGCCUCGACCAUCGGGGAACAGGCGCCAGGGCUGCUGGCCGCGGCGUCGCAUGCGCCGGUGGUGUCCCAGCGUUUGGAUCACCCGGGCGUCGGACUGACCCCGGUGAUGCCGCUGCUAGCUGGCCUGACAGGCAUUGGCGUUCCGCCGUCGGAGCUGCCGGCCGCGGCGCUGGGAUCGCGCGCCGGGUCGGUGGCCGGAUCGGCGGCAUACAACCGCCAGAUGUCAGCCCUCCGGCGACCGCUGUCCGAGCGUGCAUUCAUUGAGCCCCAUACACGGGUGCUGUAUGUGCCGCAAGCGGGUCUGCCACGGGCGGCGUUGGACCAGCUGGCUGUGCAUCGCGGGCAGGGAGUUCCCAUGUCGGGGUCCUUCCCGCUGGCCCUGCUUCCGGGCCAGCCACAGGAUGCCUGGCCGCACAUCCCUGAUGCCAUUCUCGAGCACUUGGAAAGCACAACUUCCCGGCAGCCGGGGCUGGAUGGCUCUGGGCCGCUGGUGGUCCCGCCGAUCCCACACCACAUUUGGAGCUCGGUCGCGCCGGAGGGCACGUUCCCCUUCCAGGCCGCCUCAGCAUCGACCCCCGCAUCGCCCACCGGCGAGAGGAAGAUCUGAUACGCAUGCAAAAUGGCCGCUCCUGCACACUCUCUCUCCCCCUCCCCCUGUGACGACGUGUGUUCGGGCAUCUCCCCCCCCCGC